AUGUCUAACCGUUAUAAUAAUAAUAAUAAGUCAAAAACUAAAUGGAUAACUAAGGCUCAUAUGUUUGAUGUGAACAUUGAAUACUUGGAUUACAACUACAAGAAUAGUGUGCUUUUGUUGGUAGGUCUCAGCUAUGUCGACAACGAUUCAAUGAAUUCGAUAGGAACGGCAGUCAUAGUGGACGCCGUCAGUAAAAUUGCCGUCACUAAUGCUCAUGUAGUGGCCGGCUAUGACUACAUGUUUGCCCGAACACUGUUCCCGGCGCCAACCAUACGAUUACGGGAACAGUCGGCCAUAGAAGUGACAAAGAAAUUGGUGGCUCGAGUAUUGUAUGUUGAAUAUCAUUUGGAUCUGGCAAUCAUACAACUAGAAGAAAUGCAAGAUAUUAGUAACGAUCUUCCCGUUAUGCUUUUAUCGGAUCGUUCGCAUGAACUGGGCGAACAGGUAGCCAUUUUGGGUCACGGUAAUGGCCAGUUGUGGACAGUCUGUGUCGGCUAUAUUACUACAGGCACACCAUUUGAUACCAUAUCGGAGACACAGUUUAAACCGUUUAGUUGUACAUCAGACGAAUCUGAAUCGUUUUGUUUGCAUCACUCAAAUACAAGUCCCGGUACGUCCGGUGCACCUAUGGUUGACGCCAAUUAUGCGAUCAUUGGUAUCAAUUUUGGUGCAUUGCUUGCAUUAGUCAACCAACCAAAAACCGGUACCCGUGGUAAAUCUGUAAACGAGUUUAUUGAAAGAGCCGUUAAUUAUGUCCACUCAAACAAACGUGAAAUGGAAAAAUUCAAUCGAUAUAAACCUUAUUUACCAAAAUGUUAUCAACAAUUGGGUAUUGCUUUGUCCAACAAUACUGAUAUUAACACCGAUUUUAUGGUCGUCGAUGUUAUUGACAAACGCAUGACUGAACUUCAGAUCAAUGAUAUGAUAGUUAAAAUCAAUGGCCAACCGUUUACCGAUAUCAGCCAAAUGAUUGAUGCCAUUGAAAAUAGUUUCCGUAAAGUAAUUGUUUUGACUAUCAAUCGUAACAAUAAUGUAAUGCCAGUGAAUGUCAUUGGUUUUAAUUACGAUUGUAUACCACUUGUAUUUUAA